AAAGCACAAGUCUAACGACUGAAAAUAAGAGAAAGCUUAACAGUUGACACGUUUAAAAACUUUAACGUAGACCGGGAACGGACAGAGUUUACGGAUUUGUUGUGACGGGAAGGAUGGAGGACACGGCAUUAUCACGCUCAUCGGGGAGUCGAAAACGCCAACGCGAGCCUGAUUCCGGCGAUUCCGAUCAAUCUCUUUCACUCGAGGAUAAUUUGACAUUUAGCGAUACUAUGGUGGCUCUUCGCAUAAUGCGUGCUCAGUUCCCGCACAUUGAAAAGGUUUCAAUUCAGCCUUUUGUUUUGCAAUCACAGUUGUAUAGCAGUGUAAAAGACAGGACACAAGUAGAUAGGGAAUUGGAGUCAUUGAAGAGGGAGAAAGCUUUACGCGUUUUUAAGUUGAAUACUGGACAAGAUGAUCAUGCUAUUAUGCUCAUAGAUGACUAUUUAAGUCAGAUUGAACGUGUUAUUAAGAGAAUGGAAGAAAAGAAGCAAGAUGAUCUUCCAGUUUUUGAAUGGUUCAAGACACAUGUCAUUUCUUCAAAGUUGGAUCCUAGUAUUGGGCAUGAUGAACUUUGCUCUCUUCUCUCGCUGGGAGGCAAGGUGAAAGAGGAACAUGUCUCCCUCUUGAUUAAUGCUGGCCUUCUUACUCGCCAGCUUAUUGAUCCAAACAUGUACUGGUUUGCAAUUCCAAAUGUUGGACCGGUGCUCAAGGGCCUUUCACAGGGAAGAAAGGAGCUUUUAUCUUUACUCAACCGAAGAAAAUUCAAAGAGAUGAUGAUGGCCACUCUGGAAAAGAAACGCCUUCGACUUUCUCCCCUAGAUAUGAGAUUUCAUCUCCGCGAUUUGAUUGGAUCUGGUCAUCUCCGAACUGUUGAGGCACCUAGUGGCCUAAUUGUCAAGGUCGCGAAAGAUUGAGACUCAGGUACCAGUAUGCUGUUGAAGCACAUCCCGUGAUUACCUCCACCAAAGUUUUGGAACAGGAGCAGGUGGAGAUUCUCGGGAUUGGGGUGCAAUCCUUUUUAAGUUUACAUCAUCAUAGUCAUGCAUGUAUGCUAGAAACUUGUCAAAUAUGGUGAUGAUAAGCUUGGUAAUCAAUAAUGUUGGAUUAGAUUCUGCUUGAAGCAAGGGAUCUUUCAUCUUUAGAAAGAAUAUUGAAGUCACUGUAAGAAGAAUAUGCCACUUUAUCUGAACUGACCUGCCUGGAUAUGUAUACAAUUUGGUUGAGCUGCAUGUAGAAGCAUAACAUUCUUGUUUUAAGGAUAUAAUUAAAUAGAAGUUAUGACAUUCUACUUCCA